AUGACAACCAUUUUAUCAUAUUCGCAGGAGCUUUUGGUGCGCGAGGACGUGCUGCUGCUGGGUGUAAACAUUGGCGGGGACGCCCUGAAGAUGCGGCACGACUGGGGCGUCACCCCCGCCUCCUGCUCAGACAUCAGCGACACGGCCAACGGGCGUGUCCUGGGUCACCUGCCGGGGAUCGCCACAAGCGUCCUGGACACGCGGCGCUGGAGCCUGGCGAGCCUGGCGGCCGAGGUUCUGCGAGUCAAGGUGCCCAAGCCCAGCCACAUCCGCAUGGGCAACUGGGAGGCGCGCCCGCUCAGCCGCGACCAGAGGGCGUACGCCGCGCUGGACGCGUUCUUGGGCCUGCAGCUGCACUGGGCGCUGUCUGCCCUGCCAAAGCGCGUGGGGCCCGAGCAGUUGCACAUGGCGGCGCUCAGGGCGCGCGCGGCAGCGGCGAGGGCCACAGGGGCCGGCAGCUCAGGGGCGGCGGCGUGCGGGGCCGGCGCGAGUCCGGCGGCCGCGCUGGCGGCGCUGCCCUCAGCAGCAGACGCUGCGGCUGCGGGUUUGCGCGCGUGA